AUGGCUAACCUAAUAGGCGAAGACGACUGGCUCGCCUACAUCGAAGAGAUCGUCCGCAACGCCUCCGACCUCGAACAGCGAGUGAAUGCCGUCGAGCACUACAAACGCGCUGUCGGUGCCGAGCCCGGCAGCCUGCGCAUCUGGCUUGCCUACUGCAACUACUUCUGGUCCUUAUGGGAAGCUUUCCAAGCGCCUACUGGCAAUGGUUGGUCUGAUGAGGAGCGCAUGCUUGGCCGAGAGCUCUUCUCCUUUGAAGGCGCCCUCGACCUGUGGCAGCAAGGCUAUAAAGCUAUUCGCUAUCGCCUUGGUGACAGUCAUCUGCUGUGGGACCGCUGGGCAUCACUUGAGAUGGAUUUGCUAGCUACAGCGAGAACCCCCGAAGGCAUCAAGCGCAUCACUCACCUGUAUCGCGAUCGUCUGCUGACUCCUCACCUCACCUGGGACGAAACAUCUCAGAACUUUUCUACUUUUCUUUCCGAAUACAAUCGUGCUGCCUGGGAGGAUUCCAUGAAGGAUGUUACCACCAACGCCCAGGAGACGAAGCGACUGAUCGCUGCCCGCGAACCUUACGAAUCUGUUCUAAAGAAAGCGGUAGACGCUGGUGAUCGCGAAGCUCAGAAAACCGCAUUCAACACGUAUCUUGAGUGGGAAAUGCUUCAGAGCAGACGCAGUAACGACAGCCCUGAAAUCGGAAUCGAUUUAUGUCGUGGACUUUAUGCCCGCGCUCUUACCGGCGCUCUUGCCACAGAUCAGGACACCUGGCACGAUUACGUUGUCUUUCUCUCCUCGUCUAAUACUGAUCUUCAGGCACCAAGCAGUCUACUUGAUGUGCUCCAAAGAUCCGUUCAACAUUGCCCUUGGUCUGGUCCUCUCUGGAACAGAUACAUCAUGUGCGCUGAGGAAGCCAGACUUCCAUUUGGAGAAGUUGAGUCUAUCAAGCACGCUGCAACAUGUGAGGAUCAAUUGGUCAAAGAUGGCAUGGAGGGUAUGAUCGAGAUGUAUGUGGCCUGGUGUGGCUUUCUUAGACGCAAUGCCAUGGAUGCUACCGCUUCCGAUGAGGCUGUCGACGUUGCUGACGUGGGUCUCGGAGCCGCUCUCGAGGAUGUAUCAGUCGUAGGAAAACGACUCUACGGCAAGGACUUUCAGGGAGAUCCCAAGUUCCGGCUUGAGCGUAUCUACAUUCAGUAUCUCACAGAGAAGAAAGGUGCCAUUGAUGAGGCUAGAGCUCAAUGGAAUAAGCUCGCCUCCCUUCAGGUCCACGCAGAUAAUCACGACUUUUGGUUCCGGUACUACAUGUGGGAAAUGCUCAUCUUUUCAUCCGCCAGUGGCCAGGACAAUAGAAGUCCCACACCUUCGUCUGGCGGCGGGAGUUAUCGAAUACCAACUUUGGCAACUGCGGUUCUAACCCGCGCUGUUGCUCGUAGAACUCUUGACUGGCCUGAAAAGGCUCUGGAAGUUUACAUGCAGCAUUGCAACGAUUACGAGAUGCCGCUGCCUUUGCGAAAAGCAGCUGAUCGGGUGCACAAGACAGGGAAAGAUGUGAAAAGACGCAGAGAACGCGAAGAACAGGAAAAAGCAGCGGCCUAUGUUGCUUAUUACACUGCCCCUAGUGUCCAAGAGCAGGAUCAGGAGGCAAAAUCACCAGGUAGUUCUAAGAGGAAGAGGGAUUUUGAAGAAGGAAUCACGGACGGGUCCGAAAGCGACAGUAAACGACAAAAGAACGAGACCAAUGGACAGCAGCCUGCGCAGGCCUCUACAACAGAGCAAAUCGAGCCUCCGAAGAGAGACAGAGAGAACGCAACCAUUCUUGUUUUGAAUCUCCCUGGUGAUGUUACGCAGACAAAGGUUCGCCAGUACUUCAAGGAUUAUGGCCACAUCAACAACAUCACUGCCUUCUUUCGUGAGGAGAACGCGGAAUCCUCAACAGCCCUCAUCGAAUUUAGGUCGCCCGAGGAAGCUCAGUCGGCAUUGCUGAGAGAUGGGAAGUACUUUGGCCAGUCCCAACUUACUGUCAGAUCAGGCCAUGAUUUGACAGUAUACGUUGCGAACUACCCCCCUGCUGCCGAUCAAGCGUACAUUCGUGACAUUUUCAAAGAUUGUGGUGAAAUCUUGAGCGUGAGGUGGCCAAGCCUGAAGGUUAAUGCACACCGAAGGUUUUGUUACAUCUCGUUCCGAGAUCAAGAGUCAUCGGCAAAGGCUGUGAAGAAAGAAGGCAUUAUUCUCGAGGGUCGCUACAAGCUCCUGGCUAAAUAUUCCGACCCCAGCCACAAAAAGGCUCGUGAAGGCGCACUUGCUGAAGGCCGAGAGAUUCAUAUCAGCAAUCUGGACCGAUCAACAAGCGAGGCUGAUUUGAAGGAUGUCUUUUCCAAGUAUGGCACUGUCACGAGAGUCAACAUUCCUCAGACCCUGGCAGGAAAGAACAAGGGAUUUGCAUUCAUGGACUUUGCAACCAAAGACGAGGCCGAGAAGGCUGUGGCGGAGAUGAACAACACCAAAUUCAGGAGCCAGAUUCUUGAAGUUGCUCUUUCUAAGGAGUCAAAGGUCAAACCGAUAUCCAAGACCAUUGUUACGGACAAUGCCAGAGGCUCGCCAGCACCUUCUUCCCACGAUGCCGAGGGCGAUGAAACUAUGCAAGACGCCCCCAACGAGGCCCAGAAUAAACCAACAUCUGAAGACAUCUUUGCAAGAACAAUUGCUCUUAUGGGUCUACCUGACACGGUCAACAAUGCACGCGUUCGCGCACUUGUUGAGCCUUUAGGUGCUAUCGUCAAGUUGAUCGUUUCACCUGGCAACGGUGGAGCCAAGAUCGAGUUUGCCGACGCAGCCACCGCGGGCAAGGCGAGUAUGAAGCUAAAUAGUAUAGAGUUUGAGGGUCAUAAGCUUCGAACGGGCACAUUGGAUGAGCUUCGGCAUGCCAAAGCAGAGCAUGUCGAGGACCGUAUUGUCUACGGCAAGAAAGAAAAGAGCAAAGAUCAAAAGCCUAAGCAUGCUGGUCCUUCGUCAACUAUGCUCAUGCCUCCGCCGACCACCGUCCGGCGACCUGUGCUGGGUAAACCCGGCCCGCGUCGUGGCCUUGGGUUCAAGCCCAGUGUCGCCAAGGCGGCACAGAAUGGCGAUGCCGAUACAUCAGCCAAGAGUAACGCCGAUUUCAAGGCCAUGUUCCUUGCUAGUAGCAAAGGCAAAAAGGAGAAUGAGAAGGGGGGUGAAGGGGCUAAGAAUGAAAGUGAGUCGUGA